AGUUUGAGUUUAUGAUUUUACUAGUUGGGAUUUAUAAUCCGUGCAUGGACCGAUUAUCCUGUCGACGCGUUUUAAUCUGGGUAGACGGGGUUAGCUUGGUAGCAGACAGUGUUUUAAUGUAGCUAACUUUCGUUGAAGAUCUUCUAAAAUUGCCAGCAGGUCACAACAUACACCUACUUCGAUCUGUGCACAUGCAUUGACAAAAAUAAAACCACAAAAAAUCUUCUAGAUCCACUUACUGAUACCUGUGGUCUGCCUCCGCUGAGACGAUGUCUGACAGCGAUGGUCCGUCACAGGAGCCUGCUGGACUGGAUGGUCUGCCACCACUGUUCAGCAUUGCCAAGGGAGAAGUGGUGUCUGUGCAAACUUACGGAGCCUUUGUCCGACUGCCAGGAUACAAGAAGGAAGGCCUGGUACAUGUGAGUGAGAUGUCAGCUACACGGGUUGAGAGUGCCUCAGAAAUUGUCGAUGUGGGGGAACAGGUGUGGAUUAAAGUCAUCGGGAGAGAGAUUCGGGAUGACAAGGUGAAGCUGUCCUUCUCAAUGAAAGCUGUCAAUCAGGGAACAGGGCGGGACUUGGACCCCAACAAUGUCAUGGCAGAACAGGAUGCGAGGCGACGUAAGAAUUUUAGAGACCAUACUGGCAACAGGAUCACACUGGAGGCUGUGCUCAACACAACGUGUUCAAAGUGCGGCUGCAAGGGUCACUUUACAAAGGACUGUUUCUCUGCGCCGGGCUUGCAGUACGCUCUUUUGCCUGAAGAGGGCGAUGAAGAGCCACGGCAGCCACGGCAGCCACAGCAGCCACAGCAACAGCAACAGCAGACUUCCACAGCUGCACUACAGCAAGACUCAGACAAAAAGAAGAAGAAAAAGAAGGAGAAGAAAAUGAAGAAGAGGAAGAGGGAGAGGAAGGAGUCGGACAGCGACAGCAGCAGCAGCAACAGUAGUGAAUGCAAACCCAAGAGACGGCGCCACAACCCCACUCAUGACAAAGAGGACAAAAAGAAGAAGAAGCACAAGAAGCAUAAAUCUCAUAAACGCAGCUGAUACAGCAGCUUUCACACAGACGCAACAAAGGGGAAGUGGUUAGCAACAGGCAGAGGGACAGACUUCCAGUUGUGUUUCUUUAAAUAGUCUCCCCACCACCGGUUUAUUAUAGAAGUUUUGCACACUGUCUCUCCAUGAUCUUAGAAGCACAUUUAGACCUGUAAAGUUAAAAAAUAAUAAUCAGAUGAAAUCUUCCCCCUUGUCCAAAAGAAACCUCUGGCUCCACCCACUGAGGGAGUGAGUUUACACAUCAUACGAAACCAGAUAGGUGAAAGCAAUAUCGCAGCAAGUGGCAGUCCCCCUUGAAAUCCACAGAUAUUGUUAGCAGAUAUCCGGUUUCUAAAGCUCUGGGAAAUCCAUUAAGCAGAAACAAGGCAGUAAAGCCCACUCUUAGGGAUGGUCUGACGUGAAAAACCCUGACAUAAUCCACAAAAAGAAGCUGCGCACGCAAGCACACACACACACACACACACACACACACACACACCGAGGAAGACGUAAAGACACAAACAGGAAAUGUAAUGUAGUACAAGUGAGCGAGACAGGAUCCCCAUGCUGCAAUGAUAUCCUUAGGUAAUCUGCCGCUUAUUGUGCACUAGCGUGUGUACAUCCGUCUUUGUUUUUACAUCUUGCCUCCCGGGGGCCUGCUCACAGUACACACACAGACCCCUCUUCCUGCAUGUCAACUGUUAAUUCCAUUAAAGGUGUUUUAUUUGUCAAGGUUAAAAAAAAAAGCCUCUUGAUCUCUUUGUUCUUGGACCUUGAACUCUAAUGUUGACCCAAAACACACACACACACAAAAAUUCCCAAGUUGGGUCUGGUGGUCCACCCUGGAGUCAUAUGAAGUUCAUGUUUUCCACUGAGUGUCUCAGGGUUUAAACAACAUAGAUCUCAGGUUGGGUCAUGUCCAAUGCAGUAAAAAAAAAAAAGCUACAAAAUUAUUUUUAUUUUAAACGAGGACCUCUGGUCAAUGUAAAACAAGAUAAGGCCACAUUAGGGGUUUGACCUAGUUUCCGUGCUUGUGCAUGUGAUAUAUGGUUUCCAGGUUAAAAUAAAACUGAUGUUCCUGAAUUGCAAUGUUUGAGUUCACCCUGAGGGAUCUGGAUGUGGUUUUCCACCCUGCACACAAUAUCCUUGAAAUUAGUUGCUGCAUUGAUAAGGUAAUAACCAAUUUAUCUUUGUACAUUAUGUAAAACUGAAUUUUGAGACAAGUGAAGGAAAUCAUAGAUAACUUUGUUAAUAAAAUUGGGACAUUUAACGUUGAA